GUUUGUUUCCCUGUGCAUCUCGGCUUCCGGUUGCCGCUAGCUAGUUAAAUAUAAUAAAUACAUUCAAGGGAAAACGGCAUUGUUGGUUAUGGGCUUAACCACCUGCAACUGGUAUCCCUCCCAUCUUGGCUGGGGGUAGCUGGCCGGCGGCUCAAGUAUUUUGGACCUGGCCCAGCCUUUGUGGGGAGCAGAAGAGUCUGAGUCAGAGCUGAAGAUGGUCUGAUGGACCUCUGCUUUUUGCUGACUUUCCUCUUCUGCUCAGUCUCGUGGAUCUUCUUCUGGGAAGUGCGCUGGAAGAAAGGCAAAGAAAGUCAGAUCGAAGAAUGGAUUCAAGGCCACAGUCUCUCCGAAUACAAACACUUAUUUGAAGAUGUGGAAACUCUGGAGGAGCUGAGCCUGAGUGUUCUGACUCGUCUGGAGGACGUGGUGAGAGAGAAGCGGCGCUGGAGGGACAUCGCAGAGGCUCACAUCCAGCUGCUGCGAGACUUUGCCUUCCAGGAGUGGCUCUGCUCUCAGAGCCUUGAGCACUACUAUCAUAUACUGAAGACCUUGGGUUGUAGGACUCUGGAUGAUCUAGCCCAGUUUGACAGCCAGUUGCAGCUCUCUCUGGCUGCGUGGGGAUACUACUACGAAGACUACAUCAAGCUGUCCACGGGCGUCAAGGUUCUCCAGGCCUCUAGGGGGAGCCGCGACCAGGACUACGAGAUCCAACUCGUACACAGCCUUGCUGAAAGGCGCCUGAAUGAAAAGUGGUCUAUUGCGGGAGCUUUUAUAUUUGGCUGUACUGUGGCACUGUGCUUUCUGAUAAGGGACCUCAUGUUUUACGUGAUUGGUGGAAUUACUGUUUCCAUCAUAGCGUUUGUCUUUACCAUCAAGUUCCUAUGUGAGCUUGCUGCGCGGGUGGUUAGCUUCCUGCAGAAUGAGGAUCCCGGGAGAAGGGGUGACCGCAGCAUCUACGACUAUGUACGAGGGAACUACCUGGACCCGCGCUCCUGCAAGGUGUCCUGGGAUUGGAAGGACCCACAGGAAGUGGGCCAGACUAUGAGCUUCCGUGUUCACCUCUUCUACAAGAACGGCCAGCCCUUCCCUGCCCACCGACCCGUGGGGUUAAGGGUCAACAUCACUCACAUAGAGCUGGCCCUAGACAUCCCCAUCACCCAGGAGGUUCUGCAGGAGCCAGAGUCCAAUGUGGUCAAACUGGCCUUCACUGUCCGCAAGGCCGGACGCUAUGAGGUAGCUGUCAAACUGGGAGGACUCAACGUGGCCUACAGCCCUUACUACAAGAUAUUCAAAUCAGGGACAGUGGACCCGUCCAAAACGAAGAUAGCCUACCACUUCUCCACCCUGGUCUUAGUAUAUGGCCAGCAGCAUACCCUGCAGAUCGAGCCUCGGGACGAGUAUGGCAACCCCACCAGUAACUCCACCUCACUGAUAGACGAAGUCAACUACAGCGUCCACGUCCACUCGCUGGGCACGGUGGAUGACGACAGCCUGGAGGAGUACUACUGUAAGUCAGUGUCAUCCAACAAGCAGCUGUGCCAGGUACUGCUGAAAAUCACCCUGAGGAAGAAGGGCUGUUUCCGGGCACGCAUCUCCUACACCGACCUGCCCCUCAGCAACGGGGAGUUCGACAUCAUUGUUCUCAGUGAGAAUGAGAAGAAGUGUGUGGAGAAGAACGUGUCCACGACAGGGAUCAGCAUCUACUUUGAGGCGUACCUGUAUGGCUCAGGGAACUACAGUAACUACACUAACUCCUCGUGGCAGCUCCCAGCCUCGGCUCUGAUGGCCCCUCAGAGACGGCCCUCCAUGGGGGACGAGGAGGACGAGCAUGACUCCCCUGUAGAGGGCCAGCCGGAGAAGGUCAAGAAACCAAAAAAGGUCUACUGCUACAUAUCGCCAAAGCAACUGUCAGUGAAGGAGUUUUACCUGAAAAUCAUUCCAUGGCGCCUUUUCACCUUUCGAGUUUGCCCAGGGACAAAGUUCACAUACUAUGGCCCUGACCCCGUUCACAAGUACUUGACUCUUGUGGUGGAUGAUGGGAUCCAGCCACCAGUGGAGCUGAGCUGUAAAGACAGAAACAUCAUGGCUGCCACCUUCAUCCGUUUCCUGCACAAGAAUAUCGGUGGCUCGGAGACGUUCCAGGACAAGGUGAGCUUCUUCCAGAGGGAGCUCAGACACAUCCACUCCAAGAGACCUCGCACCAAGACCUGCCUGAAGAUCACACGCCACUGCAUCCUGGACUCUUCUCUGAAAUCCACCCGGAACUUCUCCGUGUCGGACUGGAGUAAGAACUUUGAGGUGGUGUUCCAGGAUGAGGAAGCUUUGGACUGGGGAGGGCCGCGAAGGGAGUGGUUUGAGCUCGUCUGUAAGACCCUGUUUGACACCACCAAUCAGCUGUUUACUCGCUUCAGUGACGACAAUCAGGGCCUGGUCCACCCCAACGCUGAGCGGCCGGUCCACCUGCGUCUGAAGAUGUAUGAGUUUGCGGGGCGCGUGGUGGGGAAGUGCCUGUACGAGUCAGCCCUGGGCGGGGCCUACAAGCAGCUGGUCCGCGCUAACCUUGGGUAAAACUCCUUCCUGGCCCAGCUCAUCGGACUCAGGAUGAACUACAAAUACUUUGAGACGGAUGAUCAGGAGUUCUACAAAACGAAAGUCUGCUUCAUCCUAAACAAUGAUGUCAGUGAAAUGGAGCUGGUGUUUGCUGAGGAGAAGUACAAGUCAGGACAGCUGGAGAAGGUGGUGGAGCUGAUAUCUGGAGGAGCUCAGAUUGCUGUCAACAAUGAGAACAAGAUGCAUUAUCUGAACCUGCUGGCCCAGUACAGGCUCGCCAGUCAGGUGCGAGAUGAGGUGGAGCACUUUCUCAAAGGUUUGAAUGAACUUGUUCCGGAGAACCUCCUGGCCAUAUUUGAUGAGAAUGAGCUGGAGCUGUUGAUGUGCGGUACAGGGGACAUCAAUGUCCAGGACUUCAAGGCUCAUGCUGUGGUCGUAGGAGGGUCGUGGCACUUCAGAGAGAAGGUGAUGAAGUGGUUCUGGGCCGUGGUGUCCAGCUUCACCCAGGAGGAGUUGGCUCGCCUGCUGCAGUUCACCACCGGCUCCUCCCAGCUUCCCCCUGGGGGCUUCAACACCCUCUGCCCCUCAUUCCAGAUCAUUGCUGCUCCCACACACAGCACCCUGCCCACCGCACACACCUGUUUUAACCAGCUUUGCCUCCCCACCUAUGAUUCCUAUGAGGAGCUGCACAAGAUGCUGAAGCUGGCCAUCAGUGAGGGCAGUGAGGGCUUCGGCAUGCUCUGAGUGGCCCUAUCCCUGGAGCUCACCCCCAGACUCUGAAUGGCCCUAUCCCUGGAGCUCACCCCCAGACUCUGAGUGGCCCUAUCCCUGGAGCUCACCCCCAGACUCUGAGUGGCCCUAUCCCUGGAGCUCACCCCCAGACUCUGAGUGGCUCUAUCCCUGGAGCUCACCCCCAGACUCUGGUCACACUGUGGUCCUGCUCAUACAGCAGUGGGGUACCAAUGACACCAGCGCCAACCAGGCCCCUGGUACACCUGUUACCUGCUCCAUCCGCUUUGGACAAUGGACAUCCCUCCUCGACUCACACGGGCUACCCAUGAUCCUCUUUCAGCGGUAGAGGGCAUUAAAGCAAUUCCACAGCAAGUCCAGUAGGCUCUGGGACGUCUUCAGGUGUCUGCACUAUGUGUAUAUACUGUACAAGGUUUGCUUUUCUAAUGAAGAACAUGACCUAGUGUUAGAAAAGGCUGGGUAGUUUUAUUCUAGAUGUUAGAGUUGUUUAAUUUGAUGUUUUUGAGACAGAAUAUAGAGCUAGUUAAAGAGCCUAGUGAGCUUGGUGUUGUUUUGGUUUUUAAAAUGUUAUUUUGGAAAAAAGCUGAGGAAGAUUUAAAUGCAAAAGCAGCCUACACAAAGUGUGGAGAAGCUGCGCCCCCCAUAGCACUUUGGCCUUACCUGAUCAGGGAAGGAUGCGUGUGUAUAUACUGCAGAAAGUAUGAAAAUGUAUGUACUCAUACUUUAAGUCGCUAUGAGCGAAAUGAUUAAAAUGUAAAAUGUAUAUACAGUAUAUAUUAUAUCACUCUUUCAUUUCAAUAUGUGUACAUGCAUGUUAAAAGGUUGUCAUAGCAACAGUUCAGAUAUAUUUUCAGACAGAAGGGACGAAAGGUACUUGAUAGAUCUUUGAGGUCAUACUUUUUUAUUGGUGGGAGUUUAACACAUUACAGCUGAUUUCAUGUAUUUUUUAGUUAUCAUCGUUUCACAUCCACAAUUGACUUCAGUUUACAAAUACAUGGGUUUUCAAAAGAACAAACCGUUUGCUACCCCAUGUCAGUGUGUCUGUUUUAACUUAUGGACUGAUUUAUGUUGUUUUCACCCAUACCGUUGAUGACUUGUUGAUGACAAUGCUAUUUGUCUUGAGCCGCAACAGUAUUUGCUUUAAAACCUGCCUUAUUCAAGCCCUUUGCCUCUGACUUCAUCUGGAGAAGUGUAGUUAAACGAAGCCUAGACAAGUGAUAACAGUAUAACAACAGGGAUAUUACUGUUGGUAGUUUUUGCAGUGGAAGUUUGACAUGGGAAUGUCAAUCAGAUGUUAACGUGUGAAGAGAUCGGAACUCAAGGUUAUCUUGAUAGCUGUCAUGUCUUGUGCUCUUGACUGUUGGUUUUCAUUCACCACCGUGUCUGGGUUUACCUCUGGAUCUCAUCUAUGCAUCCCCUGUGUGUGUGUCCCUGGCCAUGGUUGUGUGAUCCCAGCUGCCUCCUCUCUAACUACUACUCAUGGUAUGCUGUCUCUGACUCCUACAACUCGGUAGAUAAGACACCUGAGUAAGGGAUACUGAGACAGGAAAAACACAAGAUGAAUAUUUCUUCAGGAUUGGAAAAAGUACCCAAUUUUCAUACUUGAGUAAAAGUAAAAAAAUAUUUGGUUUAAAAUAUACUAUCAAACGUAAAUGUAAUUGCUAAAAUAUACUUAAGUAUACUUAAAAUAUACUUAAUAAUUUCAAAUGAAGGUAACAAGAUGGCACCAUUUUUGUAGUUGUUUUAUUUAUUUAGGCAUGACCAGGGUCACACUCCAACAUUCAGACAUCAUUUACAAACUAAGUCUGUGUGUUUAGCGAGUCCACCAGAUCAGAGGCAGUGGGGAUGACCAGGGAUGUUCUCUGGAUAAGUGUGUGAAUUGGACCAUUUUCAUGCCCUGCUAAGCAUUCAAAACGUAACAAGUACUUUUGUGUGUCAAGGUAAAUGUAUGGAGUAAAAAGUACAAUAUUUUCUUAUACAAUGUAGUGAAGUAAAAGUAGCCAAACAUAUAAAUAGUAAAGUACAGAUACCCCAUAUUGCAGUGUGCAGCUACCCACAUGUACAGGCUAUUUAGGAAAGCCAACAUCUAGAACAUAGCACAGUAGCCUAAAGCAGACACAUUCUUAUGCAAUAUUAUUGUAUUUUCUGUAUUCACCUGAAUCUUUAGCCUCACAACUUACCACAAAUGCAAACCCAUGAUGGGUUACGUUAUUGUUAUUCAACUCUCCUAGCAUUUGCAGCCACUAAGAGAUUUCCACUUAAUUAAACAUCACCUCACUCUUGUUGAACAGGAUACACUUAUCACUUCCCAAGCUCCUCGUACUAACAUAAUAACUUUGCCUUAUUGGGAACCUCUUAAGGGUGCUGGGUUUUUGUUAUUGCUGCUGGGGUUGACUGCACAUACCUCCCAGUCACUCAGAAUUUCUCUUUUGAGACACAGUGAGCUUUCAUCCUCCACGGUGAUUUGCCUAAGGGCAAAGUCUUAAAGGGAUACUUCUGGCAAUGAGUAUUUUGGCAAUGAGGCUCUUUGUCUACUUUGUCUACUUUCCCAGAGUCAGAUGAACUCGUGGAUACCAUUUGUAUGUCUCUGUGUCCAGUUAGAGGUAGUUUCCCGAUGCUAACUAGCGUCAGUGCAAUGACUGAAAGUCUAUGGGUAUUGAAAUGGUAGACUAAUCAGAUGACCUAGUCAACUAAAAUGGUAGCUGCUGUCAGACACAAGACUUGGCAGAAGUAGCAUUGCAUUGUACUAUAGGAAUCGAGAUAUUAAAUAUUCUUAUACAAACAAUGUGCAUUUACAAAAGUGUAAAUAGUUUAAAUGCAGUUCAGAUUUUAAAAAAUGAAGAUGUAAAAAGAAACGACAGCUGUGAUUUUAAAGUUAUUGUUCAGAUAGUGUUUCACUCAUAAGCAGGUCCUGCUCUCAGUGUUUAAGAUUCCAGCUCAAGUGAUGGGGAAAGCUCAGUGGUUGGUGUGGUUUGGUUUUGGAUCGAUGUACAUAUUGUGACAUAGUUGCCUACAGCUUGGAGGCGGGAUUUUUUUAUGUGUCAAAUAAAUGACAACACUGUGGGCUGAUGGGUGUCAGGUUUCCUGCUCUGCAGUCUCUUUAUUGUUCAUGGAAUUAAAACGUGAUUAUUAUUACA